AUGAAACUGCUCUCUUCAGGGCAGAUGCGGAAGCUGCCCUCCCCAGGGCUUGGGCAACCCAAGGAAAGGAAAUCACCUCGGUCGGUCGGUAGAGUGGCUGCUGGCACUGCUGGGGCUGCACCUGCCGUCUGUGCUUCUGUCCUCCUCAAAAUGCAGUUUCUUGAUGCUGAGGAGCUCCCGGUCGAUGAAGAGGAUGAUGUUUUUGGUGAAGGACUGCCAACCAGACUCCCAGAAAUCAUGUUGGUAGGAUCCCAGUCCUUUUCGCCUGGAGGGCCCAAUGGGAUUAUUAGAAGCCAGUCCUUUGCAGGUUUCAGCGGCCUUCAGGAAAGGCGAUCCAGGUGUAACUCCUUCAUUGAAAAUUCCUCUGCUCUCAAGAAGCCUCAGGCCAAACUGAAGAAGAUGCACAAUUUAGGUCACAAAAACAACAAUCUUCCCAAAGAGCCUCAGCCUAAAAGAGUGGAAGAAGUCUACAGGGCAUUGAAAAAUGGACUUGAUGAAUAUCUGGAGGUUCACCAGACAGAGCUGGACAAGUUGACAGCUCAGUUAAAAGAUAUGAAAAGAAACUCUCGCCUGGGUGUGCUGUAUGAACUAGACAAGCAAAUUAAAACGAUUGAAAGAUACAUGAGACGCCUGGAGUUUCACAUUAGUAAGGUAGAUGAACUCUAUGAAGGUUAUUGUAUACAACGACGCCUCCAAGAUGGUGCCAGCAAAAUGAAACAAGCCUUCGCAACUUCCCCUGCCAGCAAAGCCGCCCGGGAGAGCCUGUCAGAGAUCAAUAGGAGCUUCAAGGAGUACACAGAGAAUAUGUGCACCAUUGAAGCGGAGCUAGAGAAUCUGCUGGGGGAAUUCUCCAUCAAGAUGAAAGGUCUGGCCGGCUUUGCUCGCCUCUGUCCUGGAGACCAGUAUGAGAUUUUCAUGAAGUAUGGCCGGCAGAGGUGGAAACUGAAGGGCAAGAUAGAAGUCAAUGGCAAGCAGAGCUGGGAUGGAGAAGAAACGGUUUUCCUGCCCCUGAUAGUUGGGUUCAUUUCCAUCAAGGUCACGGAGCUCAAAGGGCUGGCAACUCACCUCCUGGUAGGCAGCGUGACCUGCGAGACCAAAGAGCUGUUUGCAGCCCGGCCUCAGGUGGUGGCUGUCGACAUCAAUGACCUUGGCACCAUCAAACUGAACCUGGAGAUCACCUGGUAUCCAUUCGAUGUGGAGGACACGACCCCAUCCUCAGGUGGCGGGAACAAGGCGGCAGCCCUGCAGAGGAGAAUGUCCAUGUACAGCCAGGGUACCCCGGAAACACCCACCUUCAAAGAUCACUCCUUCUUUUCAAAUCUACCUGAUGACAUCUUUGAAGAUGGAAAGGCAGCCGAGGAGAAAAUGCCACUUUCUUUCAGCUUCAGUGACCUGCCCAAUGGGGACUGCACCCUCACCUCCAACUCAACAAAUCCGGAAAUUACCAUCACCCCUGCAGAGCAUAACCACAGCAGCCUGUCCUCCCAGAAUGAGGGCAUGGAUGAUACCAGCUUGGCAUCUUCCAGGAACUCCUUGGGAGAAGGCCAGGAGCCAAAGUCACACCUGAAGAAGGAAGACCCGGAGGAGCCCGGGAAGCCUGCCUCGGCCACGUCCGAGCCUUGCCGCCAACAGUCUGCAGGUGCCGGGGCUGAGCGCCUGUUCCUCGAGAAUGGUGUCGCGGAGGCACUUCUGCAAGAGUCCGAUGAGGCCUCUGAACUCAAGCCUGUGGAACUGGACACUUUUGAGGGAAACAUUACGAAGCAGCUGGUCAAGAGGCUCACCUCAGCAGAGGUGCCAGCGGCCACAGAGCGGCUGCUCUUUGAGGGCUCUGUCGGUGGAGAGUCUGAAGGCUGUAGAUCCUUUCUAGAUGGAAGCUUAGAGGAUGCCUUUAACGGGCUUUUCCUUGUAUUAGAACCACAUAAAGAGCAGUAUAAAGAGUUUCAGGAUCUAAACCAAGAAGUCAUGCAUUUGGAUGAUAUUCUAAAAUGCAAGCCAGCAGUAAGCCGCAGCAGGUCUUCCAGUUUAAGUCUUACAGUUGAAAGUGCUUUAGAAAGCUUUGAUUUCCUGAACACCUCUGAUUUUGACGAGGAGGAGGAUGGUGAUGAGGUUUGUAAUGUUGGAGGAGGUGCUGACUCAGUAUUUUCAGACACUGAGACUGAGAAACAUAGUUAUAGGUCCGUUCACCCGGAAACCAGAGGGCAUCUCAGUGAAGCACUGACUGAAGACACAGGAGUUGGGACCAGUGUGGCAGGAAGCCCUCUGCCACUGACCACAGGGAACGAGAGCCUGGACAUCACCAUUGUCAGGCACCUACAGUACUGCACCCAACUGGUUCAGCAAAUUGUUUUCUCAAGCAAAACCCCAUUCGUGGCGAGAAAUCUCUUAGAGAAGCUUUCUAGGCAGAUCCAAGUGAUGGAAAAACUCGCAGCUGUCAGUGAUGAGAACAUAGGAAAUAUCAGUUCUGUUGUGGAAGCUAUACCAGAGUUCCACAAAAAGCUGUCUUUGCUGUCAUUCUGGACCAAGUGCUGCAGCCCAGUUGGCGUCUACCACAGCUCAGCUGACAGGGUGAUUAAGCAGCUGGAAGCCAGCUUUGCCAGAACUGUCAACAAAGAAUAUCCAGGACUUGCAGACCCAGUGUUUCGAACCCUGGUGUCUCAAAUCCUGGACCAGGCUGAGCCUCUGCUUUCCUCCAGCCUCUCCUCAGAAGUCGUCACCGUUUUCCAGUAUUACAGUUACUUUACCAGCCAUGGUGUGAGUGACCUAGAGAGUUAUCUCAGCCAGCUGGCCAGGCAAGUUUCUAUGGUUCAGACUCUGCAAUCACUAAGAGAUGAAAAACUGCUACAGGCCAUGAAUGAACUUGCUCCUGGCAACCUCCCGGCCCAGCAGGAAGUCCUCAGGACUCUGGCUCUGCUCUUAACCAGAGACGACAAUGAAGUUAGUGAGGCUGUGACACUUUUCUUGGCAGCAGCCUCCAAAAAUGAGCAUUUCAGGGAAAAGGCCUUGCUCUAUUACUGUGAAGCACUAACAAAGACAAACCUCCAGCUGCAGAAGGCGGCUUGCCUGGCCCUGAAAACCCUCCAGGCUACUGAAAGCAUCAAAAUGCUGGUGACACUGUGUCAGUCUGAUACUGAAGAAAUCCGAACUGUGGCCUCAGAAACCCUCUUGUCUCUUGGAGAAGAUGGGCGGCUGGCAUAUGAACAGUUGGACAAAUUUCCUCGGGACUGUGUUAAAGUUGGAGGUCGUCAUGGAACUGAAGUUGCCACAGCCUUUUAAUUACAAGUUAACUCUGCCUAACAACUGUCUUAAUAUCUGGCCCUUUUCAUCCAGAUGGUGCUGUGAUUUAGCUGGAAAGUGUCUAGAACUUGAAGUGUUCUGAAAAUUUUAAGAGUUCUAGAAAUUUAACAUGUUACAGGAAGAAUUCAAAUUCUGGAUUCACAG